GUGUCAUCUUCUAGGCGUCUGCGGGUCCUCCACCGGAAACCUUAUGCAACAAAUUACCUGUGGGGUGCGGAGCGAAGUUAAAAAGAGCAGUCAAGAGGAAAGACAUGGUACCGUAGUAAAAAUGGGUCGAGUGGAAGCGGUCGCCGGCGUAAAGCAGCGGUUCCUCAGGCAUUAAAUAUUCAUUUUAUGGUGAACCUUCGAGGUGCCAUCGAGUCUUUUCCAGGAACCGGGAAGACGGAUCGAAGUUACACUUUUAAAUGACGUGUAUUUGGUGUCGUCUGUCAAUAUAGAUCUGUGAGACCUCGAAUGUAGCGCAGGAUGAUAGUGGCACUGUAAAAUUACAAUAGUUUCAGGGACUGGAAGUCCAAGGGCGGCCCGGAAUCGGCAGCUCAAAUAUGUGUGCAGGAGGUGGAGUCAGGAUGAUGCUCGUGUGGAGGGGUAGUAGUAGUAGUAGACAUUUAUCAGCAUUAUCCCCCCACCUUCGUUUAUUUCCCCACGCCCUCACCCCCCCUCUUCGCAGCAACCUUGACCAUGACCCCACCAAUACCCUCACUCGCCACCACUUACGAAGCAGUCGCUGUUGUUACCACGCCGUUGCCGUUCAGCGAUCCCCCCUUAUUCUGUCCUCGCUCCCGACACCCUCCGACGGACAGGAGAACGAGUCGCUGCCUCGCUCGCCCCGCAGACGAACGGUUCCUCGACGCUCGUCGCCGCCCUUUGUGGAAGAAGUCUUUAGGACGUCGCUCCUUCAGCUCAGAAGACGAAGACAUGGAUUUUUUUACCAACCAGAAGAAACUUCACACCCCCCCAGCGGAUUUGGGGACAAAGUAUGUCCCCGAGGAAGUCCAUAGAUACAUGGUUGACUGUAUGAUGGCUGUUGGAACACCCAAAUUCCAUGCAACUGCGCUUGCUGACGUGUUGAUUGCUGCUGAUAAAAGGGGCCAUUUUAGCCAUGGUCUUAAUCGACUGGAGAUGUACGUGAACGAUGUGCGACAGAAAAUCUGUGAAGGGGGAGCAGACCCUACCAUCGAAAAGGAAAGUGUGUCCACAGCCUUAGUCAAUGGCAAUAAUGGUCUUGGUCCAGUCGUCGGCAACUUCUGCAUCGACCUGGCAGUCAAGAAAGCUAAGGAGACUGGCAUUGGUUGGGUCUGUGCUAGAGGCAGUAACCAUUAUGGAAUUGCCGGAUGGUAUGCAAUGAGGGCCACUGAACAAGGACUUUUGGGAAUGAGCUUUACAAACACAUCUCCACUAGUUGCCCCCACUCGUGCAAAGAAGGGAGCGCUUGGCACAAACCCAAUUGCUCUUUCUGCCCCAGCAAAAGGGGAUGACAGCUUCGUCCUUGAUAUGGCCACGUGUGUAGUUGCAGUUGGCAAGAUUGAGGUGGAACGUAGAAAGGAAAAACCAAUUCCUGAAGGUUGGGCCCUGGAUAAAGAUGGCAAAUCUACUACUAAUGCUGCUGAUGCUAUGGCUGGUGCCUUAAUGCCUCUCGGUGGCCCAGAGACGCACUCUGGCUACAAGGGAUACGGUCUAGGAAUGUUGGUAGAGAUUUUCUGUGGAAUAAUGGCAGGUGCACAUUAUGGUCCAAACGUACGCAGAUGGAUGCAGACUGAUCGGCCAGCUGACUUGGGUCAGUGCUUCGUAGCUAUUGAUCCCUCGUUCUUUGCCCCUGGUUUUGAAGGCAGAAUGAGUGACUUGAUGGACCACUGCCGUAAUAUGGAACCAGCUGAACAAGGAAAACCAGUGUUAGCUGCCGGAGACCCAGAACGCGCACACAUUGAGAAAAUCAAGAAAGAAGGUGGCAUUACUUAUCACAUCAAUCAAAUUACAGAUUCGUGGAAGCUUGCCAAGGUACUUAAUGUCAAACCCAUGCAGCCUGCAUAAAACUUACAAAGUUUUUCCCUCAAGAGGGGCCAACAGGUAAGGUACUGUGAGAAAUCAAGAGGUGUUAAUUUGUAAUAAAUUGUUUAUAAUGAUUUGGGGCCAUUUUGUAAAGCAGUAGCAAGUCCUAGGAAUAUGAUAAUACCGAACACUACUGCAGGGGCCAUUUUGUAAUGCAGUAGAAAGUCCUAGGAAUAUGAUAAAUACCGUAACACUACUGCAUUUCCUUUGUGAUGAUGCUUUUUAUGCUAGUUAUAUAGUUUUACAUAAAAAACAUUACUUUUCUUGGAAACUACAUAGAGACUAUACUAUUUUCAGGAAUCUGCAAACUAAAAUGUAGCAUGUUAUUUUUGAUGCUGUCUCGUUUUCUUGUGUUAACUUUGAUGCUUUUAUUAAUCCAGCUAUGCAUUGUUGAUAGGUGUAUAGUCCCUAUGGAAUUUCUACCAGAAUUGAUUUUCUGGUGCUUGGAAAUAUGGAAAGAAAGGUAUACUAGGAUAGAUACAUUACGUACAUCAUACAUGCCCAGCUUUAUAAUAAUUAUUUCUCUCAUUAUUGCACUUAACUGCUAAUAGGAGAUAAAACUGUAGUUCAUUCCACAACCCACAAAUGUAGUUAUAAACUACGUACUUUUAAGAAUAUGGUAGAAUAAAGGUUGGUUGGUUUUGAUUUAGCUGGCUUUCUGCCAGCUUGGGCUCUUGCUCUGAGAGCAGCCUGUAUAGAAUAAAUCUAAUGAUAAAAUGUACUUUAAAAAAAACUGCUGAGGGAAUAUAAUGACUACUUACGAGUAAAAGUAUGCAAUUUACUCUUCUACUUAACUAGUCCCCAGUGGUGUUGAACUGGUCUUUCACUUUACACAUAUUCCCUUUUGCUUUACCCAUCAGCUGUCUAACACACACACUCCAAUUUUUGCCUCCUUGCUCAAAAAAGUAUGCUUCAAUCAAUCAAGCCUUGCAAGUCUAGAAAUUGGACUCGAUAGCCUGGUCAAUCUAUAAUCUUAUCUAGUUCAGAUACUGGCUGUACAAUUACCCUUUAUCUUGCUUUGGUGCACAUAUCAGCAAGUAUUGUGAUGAAAUUGCUCGUCUUUGCAUUAGUUGUAUACAGUAUUUAUAAUAAAGUACUGUUUUAAAAAAAAGAUGUAAAGUUUUUUAUAGACUUUGCAAUAUAAGGAGUUACAUAUGUUUGUAAAGGUGUUUCAUGUUUCCACUUAACAAAAAUAGUUUGUACUGUAGCGGAUAUUUGUGUGUAAGUUUGCCUUUCUUUGGAGUGGUGACCAUUAUGCACUUAGCUUAAUCACAGCUGCAUGCACAUUUUAUGUGCAGAUUUUUGUUUAUACCAAAUCAUUAAUUUCUGUUAUGUCACUUAAUUUUUUACUUACUACCUUUAUCAAGUUCCAUUUUCACGUAUAGCAUGGUUUGAUUGGUUUUGGUACAUUAUUGUUUAUUUCUGUAAGUAUUGUACAGCACUGUACUACUUAUAUAUGUUUGGGAGGGUGGGUCUCAUAAUCAUGUGUACUUUAUGUGCGUGUUAUAUUAUGCACUGAAUAUGCAGAGUAUAGAAUAGAAAUGUUCUCUUGAAUCAAAAGAAAUAUCCCAACAAAAACUUUGUACAGUAAUACAGUAUAAUCAUGUAAGCACACGGCUGUGCCUAUUUCCUUUAUGUCUGUUAAUGUAAGUUACUAAAGUAGAUAUUACUAAGUUCUUUUAUAAAAAUGUAACUUUUACUAAGAUAUUUGAAGAAAUGUACAAUUGUGCUUGAAUAUUAUUAAAAAUUUAUACAAUGUUACAAUAGCAACAUGGGUGUGAGGGAUGCACAAGUAUUGAACAUUUUGAUGAGGUAUUGUCAGUGGUAAAAAUUCGGAUGUGGGUGUGCUACCUGAUAUGUCUACCUAUUUAAUGUAUAAAGCAUAAUAUUACUGUAUUUAAAUGGUUAAGAAAGAAAUUUUUCUGUGUGCAAUAUUUUAGAAGUUACAAAUGCACAGUUUGUCUAUGCUAGAAAAGAUUAAAUAUUUUUUGGUAGAUAUGGUACUUUUUCAAAAGUAAAUAAAAGGGGAAAAUAAUC